GAGGUCACCAACUCUGUCUUCCUCAACUUUCCGAUUUUUGUUUAUUUUCGUUUUUCUCUAUCACUUCCUCUUUUUUACAGCCGCAUUCAAUCUAUCUUUAUGAUCAAACUUUCCAUCUCUUCAAAUGGCAGCAAUGUCAGGGAAGGUUGUUCAAAAUGUUUUUAUUGCACAAUUCUACCAACAGAGUAGGCAGUUCGAGACCCGAUAUCAAAGGGACAGUUGUGCCCCUUAUACGCGCACCUUGCCUCCUUUUCAUGGAGGGAAGCUAGCAUGGACUAGCAUCUCCUCCAUGCAAGUGCGCCACAACUUACCGAAAUACCAGAGUGGUUUUGUUAACCGAGGAACCUUUUACUGCAGUGCGGCUUCAUCUGCUACUGCAAUACCAUCUCUGGACAAAGUUGAUUUUCUGAAGCUUCAAAAUGGCAGUGAUAUUCGAGGUGUGGCUGUUUCUGGUGUUGAGGAAGAGCCAGUAAGCCUUAUUGAGCCAGUUACGGAGGCUAUAGCUGCUGCUUUUGCUGCAUGGUUGUUAGAUAAGAAAAAGGCUGAUGCAUCUCAAAAGUUGAGAGUUUCCAUUGGCCAUGAUUCUCGUAUAUCUGCACAACAAUUACAGGAUGCUGUUUCCCGAGGCAUUGCUAGUGCAGGACUUGAAGUUGUUCAAUAUGGUUUAGCAUCUACACCAGCAAUGUUCAAUAGUACACUUACAGAAGAUGAGGCAUUUUUAUGUCCAGCUGAUGGGGCUAUUAUGAUAACAGCUAGUCAUCUUCCUUAUAACAGGAAUGGGUUCAAGUUCUUCACUAAUGCCGGAGGUCUAGGGAAAAGUGACAUAAAAGACAUCUUGGAACGUGCUGCAAAGAUAUACAGUGAUUUCCUAUCCAAAGGUUAUUCGGUAAAAAAUGCUCCAGAAUUGGUCAAAAAGGUUGACUAUAUGACUGUCUAUACAUCUGAUCUUGUGAAGGCAGUCCGGAAGGCUUCUGGGAAUAUAGAGAAGCCGCUGGAGGGAUUCCACAUUAUUGUCGAUGCAGGAAAUGGUGCAGGAGGUUUUUUUUCAGCUAAAGUACUUGAGCCUCUUGGUGCCAUUACUUCUGGCAGUCAGUUCUUGGAGCCAGAUGGUAUGUUUCCUAAUCAUAUUCCGAACCCUGAGGAUAAGGCUGCAAUGAAAGCUAUUACCGAGGCAGUUCUUAGCAACAAGGCCGACUUGGGAAUCAUCUUUGAUACAGAUGUAGAUAGGUCUGCUGCUGUGGAUUCCACCGGUCAUGAACUCAAUCGAAAUCGCUUGAUUGCUUUAAUGUCUGCCAUUGUUCUCGAGGAACAUCCAGGAACAACUAUUGUUACGGACAGUGUGACUUCAGAUGGGCUUACGUCAUUCAUUGAGAAGAAACUUGGGGGAAAGCACCAUAGAUUCAAAAGAGGCUAUAAGAAUGUCAUUGAUGAGGCGAUUCGUUUGAACUCUGUUGGAGAAGAAUCACAUCUAGCUAUAGAAACCAGUGGCCAUGGAGCUCUCAAAGAGAAUCACUGGCUUGAUGAUGGAGCAUACUUGAUGGUCAAACUCCUAAAUAAACUUGCUUCAGCAAAGGCUUCCGGUAGAGGUGAUGGAAGCAAAGUUUUAACCGAUCUGGUUGAGGGUCUGGAGGAACCGGCUAUUGCCGUGGAGCUGAGACUAAAGAUUAAUCAGAGUCAUCCCGAUAUUAAAGGAAGAUCCUUCCGGGAAUAUGGGGAAGCAGUGCUGCAGCACUUGGAAAACUCCAUUGCUUCGAACCCCAAGCUUCAGAAAGCCCCAGUGAACUAUGAAGGGGUUCGAGUUUCGGGAUUCGGAGGAUGGUUUCUUCUGAGGCUUUCGCUACACGAUCCUGUCCUUCCUCUUAACAUCGAGGCGCCAAGCCACGAAGACGCUGUGAAACUAGGGCUCGAAGUAGCUUCUGCUGUGAAGGAAUUUCAAGCUUUGGACACGUCUGCUUUAGACAAAUUUGUCCAACCCCACUGAAAUCUAUCAGCUUUUGAGUUAUUUUGUUGCAAUAAUGAGCUGGACUUCCUACUGUAAUAAUGGUAGUUUUGAGGUUGAGGAAGUUUCUUUGUAUUUCUUUUUUGAGUAGUGACCUUAAACAGCUAAGAACUUGUUCAAGUUUAUAGGCAAUUUUCCA